GAGUGGAGAACCCAGCGGCGCGCACGCAUGCGCGCGUUCUCUCCGACGCUGAGCCUCCAUUUGUGAGCAAGCCGAGCGAUGAGAGGUUUCACCGCCCAGUAACGAGAAACACUGAGAACCUCGAGAGUUCCCCGGUUACCUGACAAACCCAGGACGGUACUGAAAUUUCGGAAACAAACCCUAGACACACACACACACGCGCGCAUAUAUAUAUAGACGCGCACGGACGGACGGACGGACGGAUACAAGCUGUCAUUUCCGAUUCGUUAUAUCACCCUGUCGCGAGCGGGAUUUAAGUCGCUGAGAGAGAGAGACAGACAGACAGACAGCCUAGGAGAGGGACAGGGAAGAAGAGGUAGCCUUUCGAAGACGGAAAAACGGAUUGCUCGCUAUUUCCGCCGCACCUUUUCACUGUUUUGGAGCGCACGCACAGCCGAGGUUGGUCUAGUCAUGGGAUGUACACUGAGCGCCGAGGAGAGAGCGGCUUUGGACAGGAGCAAAGCGAUCGAGAAGAACCUCAAGGAGGACGGAAUCACUGCGGCCAAGGAUGUGAAAUUGCUCCUGCUAGGGGCUGGAGAGUCUGGGAAAAGCACCAUCGUUAAACAGAUGAAGAUUAUCCAUGAAGAUGGCUUCUCUGGAGAUGACGUGAAGCAGUAUAAGCCUGUGGUGUAUAGCAACACCAUCCAGUCUUUGGCUGCCAUUGUCCGUGCCAUGGAUACCCUUGGUCUGGAGUACGGGGACAAGGAGCGCAAAGCUGAUGCAAAGAUGGUGUGUGAUGUCGUGAGUCGCAUGGAAGACACUGAGCCCUAUUCUCCCGAGCUCCUGACCGCCAUGAUGCGUCUGUGGGCCGAUUCGGGCAUUCAGGAGUGCUUCAGCCGUGCCCGCGAGUACCAGCUCAACGACUCAGCCCAAUAUUACCUAGAUAGUUUAGAUAGGAUUGGUGCUGCAGACUACCAGCCCACAGAGCAGGACAUUCUGAGAACUCGAGUGAAGACCACUGGAAUCGUUGAGACCCACUUCACCUUCAAGAACCUGCACUUCAGGCUGUUUGAUGUGGGAGGUCAAAGGUCAGAAAGGAAGAAGUGGAUCCACUGCUUUGAGGAUGUGACCGCCAUCAUCUUCUGUGUGGCUUUAAGUGGUUAUGACCAGGUGCUGCAUGAAGAUGAGACCACGAACCGCAUGCAUGAGUCCUUGAAGCUAUUUGACAGCAUCUGCAACAACAAAUGGUUCACAAACACCUCCAUCAUUCUUUUCCUUAACAAGAAGGACAUAUUUGAGGAGAAAAUAAAGAAAUCACCCUUAACUAUCUGCUUCCCUGAGUACACAGGGCCUGACACGUUCCUGGAGGCAGUGGCAUACAUCCAGUCGCAGUACGAAAGCAAGAACAAGUCCUUCAAUAAGGAGGUGUACGCGCACACCACCUGCGCCACCGACACCAACAAUAUCCAGUUCGUCUUCGAUGCGGUCACUGAUGUCAUCAUCGCCAACAACUUGCGUUUCUGUGGUCUUUACUGAGCCCGGGCCUGCUCUCAGAUCUCUUAUACACCUUUAUUUUGUUCUCUGUCUAGCUCUCCAGUAGUGGACAACAGACUGAAAGCUAACCAAAGAGCUUCCUCUACAAUCAAAAACAAGUGGAUAAGCUCACUUUAAAGAUUAAGACCCAGCUAUUGAUUUAGGCAUAGUGUGGAAGUGAAGUCUCACAUUCUCACAUCGUUUAUUAAAUGUUUAAACAAGCUGGCACACGGAAGAGAUAGGAGUUGAAUUCAUUUAAAUACCCGGUUAACUUUAUCCUGUUCAACGCUACCUUUUCUGUCCCUGUAUUUACUCUUAAAAUGAUCUCCGUAAUUAUUCAAAGGCCAAAAUAACGACGUCAAACAGGGUCAAAUCAUCAGUAAAGCCUCGCUGUCUUGAAAUAUUUUUCCUUUUACUGGUUUGGAAACUCAAAGCACCUUGUAGCAUCAUUUGCCUGAAAAGGGUAUUAUUGCUGUACUACAUGUAUAUUACAGUCUUUUGAGACCAUCUCAUAUUUACAGUGCCAUAGGAAAGAUUUUUAUAUAUUGUCAAGACUUGAAUGUUGAUGAAAUUUAUUAAAAGGUCCACUCACCAAAUGAUGCCUUGAGCAGCUCUAUUGCAGAAAUGGUGUUGUCUCAACACAUUAAAAAAAAAAAAGUAAAAAUCUGAGUAUACCAUACCAGUAUACUUUACCAGUUUUCAACUUUAACUUUUUUUUUUUUUGCUGGUUUAUUUGUAUUAUUCCUAUUAAACUCUAAACGCUAAAAGUGCAAGGUUCUGUUUCUAUCACGGGACUGAAGGUACAAUCGGUGUGUAUUAAAAAAAAAAAACAGUUUAAGUGUUCCUGGUGUAUAUACCACAGUCAAAGCUGUAAUUUCGCUUUGAUUUAUUCAGCCGAUCGGUGAUAUUAACAGAAACUGAAGAUUAAUUUGUAAUGAUCAAACCACUUGGCGUUUUUUUUUUAAUUAAACGUCUGGUGGUGUGCUUUAAGCUUGUGCAUCCACAACAGUCCAUGUGCAUUGCCCGUCUUUCAUUCUGUACAGUUUAAUCAUAGUGUCAGAACAGUUCAGCUAGUAUGCCUCAGGUCGUUUGCUGUUUACUUUGGCCCUAGUCUGUAAUUUAGCCUACUGAAAGCCUCCAAUCAAUCUUUCCAUUCGUCUCCUCUUCCCUUGGAAUCUGGGUGAUGGCUUGUUACAAAGAGUGUGCUGAUAUCCUUUCCUAACUCUCAUCACGCGUCUGAGAGUAACAGAAUUUCACUGGGUGGUAGGAAGUGUUUUUAAUAUGGAUCAGCCUGGCUGAAUGAAACAGGAAGAGGCAGGCAGUGAUUUGUAAUGGUGGGAAGACAUCAAGAAUCAUGGGAUUGGGUACAUCUUGAUUUAAUUAGAAAGAAAAGUGCUGUUGUAGUUACAGACACAUCACAACGUUCUUUGUCAUUUGCCUAAUUAGAGCUGCUUUGAGAAAUCGGAAUACUGGGUCAGAAAACACUCGGCACGUCACAGCACUUCUGUACCUGUUAUCUGCAAAGCUGUAUGUCAAGCUAGGUAGCCGUUUCACUAAUGGAUGGCCUCGGAGCUAUAUUUGCCGUAGAUGUUGGGUGUCCUAAUUUUCCCAUUACUCCUUGAUUGUACAGCACCAUUGGGAAUAUCAUCACUGGGUCACCUUAUGGAACCGAAUGGUUGCUUUUGUAAGCCUUUAGUAGUCGUUUAUUCUUUAUGCUGGAAACGCCAAAACUGAGGUCGUUGCACUGCAGUGUUUCUCAUUAACUGUGUUUGGUGCAUAAAGUACUAUAAAAGAUUGAGAUUGUGCUCAUUAAGUGGCAAGGCUAUGAUCUCAAGCCAGUUAUUUUCCCCUGAUGAAGGAAACAGUUUUUAGGUGAGAUGAAGUUUCAUGAUUGGACGUUCUGCUGGCGAUGAUGCAAGCUUCUCUUGCUGCUCUGUGUGUGUGUGUGUGUGUGUGUGUGUGUGUGUGUGUGUGUGUGUGUGUGUGUGUGUGUGUGUGUGUGUAAAAGUAAACACCAGAUUAGUGACGGAUGAGCGUCGCUUUCUGAAUCGGUGGGCAUCUCAGCUGGAAGGUCAUUUAUGUAUCUUGUUGCAAACACAAAACAACUCUCCGCCCUCUUAUCCAUCCAAACGUGAGAGCCUUUUCAUGGCGACCCUGACCUUCUCCCAGCUUUCUAUUUCUCUCGUUUAAUUUCUCUCCAUCGCUCUUCCAGAGAUGUUUAACGACCAUGGCUUUAAAGCUAGCCUUCCUGCCAGAGUAAUGAUCCAUAAGCUUUGUGCUCCUGGUUAGGUGAAUGAUGGGCAUCAGCUUGUGUGGCCAAGGUGAAAAGGAAAAAAAAAUGAUGCGUCGGUCCAGAGACUUAUGGGAAAUGAAGUUUUUGGCCGCAUAAAGAGAUUUGUGGGUAAUUCAAUCAGCUCACAUUGAGUGACUAAUGGCUGAUUUGUUCCUGUGGUUUUAUACAGCAGUCAGUACUGUGGCUAGACUGCUGUCAGCACGGGCUCUGAUCUAUGAUUGGAGAGAAAUAAUCCAUUUGACAUCAUGUUACCUGCUGGAAUGAGUUUUCUGGCCAAUGAAAUAAUGCAGUUGCAGAAUAUUGAAAGGGGAUUGUAAAAGCAAGGAAGCGGUGUCCUGUCUUUAUGCUAUUUCGUAUUUGCAAAAGAUGUUUAAAUAUCUUUCAUAUAAGUUAUUUUUCUUCAUGCGUUCACUGCAAGUAGUAUUAACACUACCAUGAUUUUACUUUUAGCCAACACAUGAUUAGUUAUAAAACAGGACAUUUGCAGCCAAGUUGGAUGGCGAUUUUUAAAUAACGCCAUCCAUUAUCGGAAGAAUCUGGAUUGGAGGAAUAACUUUAUUACAGGUAUAAGUGCCAGGAGCUUGGUGCUGUUUUAUUGUGCCAUCUGUUCACACUUUCAGUGCAAAGCAUCUAGAGUCACUGUGUUUCUCUCAGUUGUAUGUCUGUCUGCUGUAGUUGUCAUUCACUGCUCUUGAUUAUUUAUUCAACAAUGGAUGUGUAUUUGUGUGUAUGUAUUUAUAUGAAAUGAAUAAAGUGCCACUUGAAA